CCUCACCGCCCUUCCUUUGUCUCCCCGUGUGAAGCAGCUCUGAGCUACGAGAACGUGGUGGAGACGGGCUCGGAGACGGAGGAGGAGGACAAGCUGCCCGCGUCCGAGGAAGACCCCAUGAUCAACGGCGCCGGCAGCCCGGCCAGCCUCACCAACCCGGAGGCCUCCCCGCGGGCCGAGAGCCACGGCCUGCUCACCAAGGAGGAGGAGGACGAGGACGAGAUGAGGGACAGCGGCGUGGAGCACAUCUGGCCCGACAACGACAUGCUGAGCGCCUCCGUGGACGGCACCGAUGAAAUAAAGGAUGAUUUCGACGCCCUGGGGCCCGACGCCGCUCUGCAGGCAGUCGGAAACGGUACAGUCAAGAGCGUCGAUUGCACUUCGGAGUUCGAGGACUUCUUAGGCAAGCGGAAGCUGGACGACGGCGACAGCCACGUGGCGAGCAUCGCCGAGUACCUGCAGCGGGGCGACACCGCCAUCAUCUACUCGGAGGCCCCGGAGGAGCUGUCCCGCCUGGGCACGCCGGAGCCGCCGGGCCGGAGAGAACGAGACCUGCCACCUGGAACGCCAGAUGCCUUCGCCCAACUGUUGACCUGCCCCUACUGCGACCGGGGCUACAAGCGCCUGACAUCGCUGAAGGAGCACAUCAAGUACCGCCAUGAGAAGAACGAGGAGAACUUCGCCUGCCCGCUCUGCAACUACACGUUUGCUUACCGCACUCAGCUGGAGCGGCACAUGGCCACACACAAGCCCGCCAGGGACCAGCACCAACUGCUCAACCAAGCGGCCGGCAACCGCAAGUUCAAGUGCACCGAGUGUGGAAAGGCCUUCAAGUACAAGCACCACCUGAAGGAGCACCUCCGGAUCCACAGCGGUGAAAAACCGUACGAGUGCCCCAACUGCAAGAAGCGCUUCUCCCACUCGGGCUCCUACAGCUCCCACAUCAGCAGCAAAAAGUGCAUCGGCCUGAUCGCCGUCAACGGCAGGAUGCGCGGCAACAUGAAGACAGGCUCCUCCCCCACCUCCUCCUCCUCCUCGCCCACCAACACCGCCAUCACCCAGCUGCGGCAAAAGCUGGAGAACGGCAAGCCGCUCGGCCUCCCCGACCACGGCAACCACCUGAGCAUCAAGACGGAGCGGCUCGACUUCAACGACUACAAGCUGAUGAUGGCGUCGGACGGCUGGGACGGCGGGCCUCGGGCCCUUCAUGGAACGGGGCAUGGGAGGGACCAGCCGCUGGGGGUCCACCACAGCUCCAGCCAGAGCCCCUUGCACCCCCUGGGGAUGGCCGGGCUGGAGUCGCAGCUCCUGUGCUACCCGGGGCCGCUGGGGAACAACCUGAGCGAGGUGCAGAAGGUUCUGCAGAUCGUGGACACCGUGUGCAGGCAGAAGAUGGACUGCAAGCCCGAGGAGCUCUCCAGGCUCAAGGCCUACAUGAAGGAGCUGGGCUCCCAGGUGGAGGAGCAGAAACAGGCGCUGACCUCGGCGGGGAUUCAGGGCGGCCUCCCGCUGAUCAAUCACAACGGCGCCACCAAAAGCAUCAUCGACUACACGCUGGAAAAAGUGAACGAAGCCAAAGCCUGCCUCCAGAGCAUGACCACGGACUCAAAGAGGCAGAUUAGCAAUAUCAAACGAGAGAAAUCCAACCACAUGCUUGAAGGAGGUGCGGAGGAGAAGGUGCAGGAAAACCUCCUGUUUACGCCGUACGCUUGCCAAUACUGCAAGGAAUCCUUCACCGGGCCGAUACCUCUGCACCAGCACGAGCGCUACAUGUGUAAAAUGAACGAGGAGAUCAAGGCCGUGCUGCAGCCCGCCGAGAGUUUGAUGGCCAACAAACCGCCGAUGUUCAUGGAGAAGAGCAACCACAUGACCUCCUCCGUGUUGUCUGAGAAGGGGUUCGCCGGGCCCCUCAACCCCUACAGGGACCACAUGUCCGUGCUGAAGGCUUAUUUUGCCAUGAACAUGGAGCCCAACUCGGAGGAGCUGCACAAGAUCUCCAUCGCAGUCGGCCUUCCUCAGGAAUUUGUCAAGGAGUGGUUCGAGCAGCAGAAGAUGUACCGGUACGGCACCGCCAGAACCCCACCGCUGGAGAACAGGCACAACAUGGACAUGGCCGUCGGAACCAACAACCACCACCACCACACUCCACCAAAAGACUCUUUGGCAGCUAGGUCACCCGUGUCCCUGAUGAAGCCUGCUGACCGCAUCACCUCCCCCUCCAUAGCAGAGCUCCACAACAACGUGAACAACUGUGACAACCCGCUCAGGCAUUUGAAGAACCACCAGUUUGGCGGCGGCGGCAAACCCAAGGGUGAAAAGUUGGACCACUCCCGCAGCAACACCCCGUCCCCGCUAAACCUGUCCUCCACAUCUUCCAAAAACUCUCACAGCAGCUCCUACACUCCCAACAGCCUGACUUCGGAGGACCUGCAGGCCGAGCCGCUGGACCUCUCCCUGCCGAGACUCAUGAAGGAGCCCAAGCAUGCACUGACUGUCCGCAGCAGGCCCAAAGUCAACAGCGUCGCCGGCGACCACGGCAGUCCCUCGCCCCGAGAGCACUUCGAAGAGCCGCUCAACUUGGUCUAUUUCAAGAAGGAAUUCUCAGGCUCGGCCAACAACGGAAACCUCGAGAAAAGCACUAGCCCCAUCUUCGGCAUGAACCCGUUCGCCGGCAAACCCCUGUACACGUCACUUCCGCCCCAGAGCGCUUUCCCGCCCGCCACCUUCAUGCCCCCGAUGCAGGCCAGCAUCCCGGGCCUCAGGCCCUACCCGGGCAUGGAGCAGAUGGGCUUCCUACCACACAUGGCCUACACUUAUGCCGCGGGGGCGGCUACCUUUGCCGAGAUGCAGCAGAGGAGAAAGUACCAGCGGAAACCAGGUUUCCAGGGGGACCUGCUCGACGGUACAGCCGACUACAUGUCAGGGCUGGACGACAUGACAGACCCCGACUCCUGUCUGUCGCGGAAGAAGAUUAAGAAGACCGAAAGUGGUAUGUACGCGUGUGACUUGUGCGACAAAACAUUCCAGAAGAGCAGUUCCCUUCUAAGACACAAAUAUGAACACACAGGCAAGCGGCCGCACCAGUGUCAGAUCUGCAAGAAGGCCUUCAAACACAAGCACCAUCUCAUCGAGCACUCCCGCCUGCACUCGGGGGAGAAACCGUACCAGUGCGACAAGUGCGGGAAGCGUUUCUCCCACUCGGGCUCCUACUCGCAGCACAUGAACCACCGCUACUCCUACUGCAAGCGGGAGGCCGAGGAGCGGGAGGCGGCCGAGCGGGAGGCCCGCGAGAAGGGCCACCUGGAGCCCACGGAGCUGCUGAUGAGCCGGGCCUACCUGCAGGGCAUGACCCCCCAGGGCUACCCGGAGCUGGCGGAGCGCGAGGCCAUCCUGAGGCACGACGCCGUGAACGGAGGGAUCAGAGAGGGACGGAAGGAGGCGGAGGGAACGUACGCCAAGAUCGGGCGGAGGGACGAGGAGUUCGAGGAGGAGGAGGAGGAGAGCAAGAGCAUGGACACGGACCCGGACACGUUGAGGGACGAGGAGGAGAACGGAGAGCACUCGAUGGACGACAGCUCGCUGGACGGCAAGACGGAAACCAAAUCGGAUCACGAGGACGCGAUGGAGGACGGCAUGUAACCGACGGCGACGACGCAACAGAAGCUUUUUAGUUCCUCCCUUUUGGGCUCAGUUUUUUCCCCCA